ACUCACGUUCCAGACCACUUUAGGGUUCCUUGCAACCCAGCCCCAAUUUUUAACACAGGCAUUCAUCGUUCGUUCUCCAAACGUUGCGUUUCGGUCGAUCUCCGAGUUGAAGGUUUCUUCCAUCCAGCUGUUGUGAGGCUUAUAUUGGACUCCUUUGAAACAUCCAAGCAAGCUCCUCAACCUGCCCUAAGUGAUUUCAAACUUGAGAAGAAUGGGCCGGAAAGCUGGUGGGCUUUACAUAAAUCCUAAAAAAUUUGGCACCCUCCAGAAACCUUGUAUGAAGGAGAUGAUCACAUUUCUUAAUUGCCUGGCUCUUAACCAAAACAAUGAUGACAAGUGUGUCAGACACAAGGACCUUUUGAAUGCCUGCAUGGAUGCUCAGACUGGCAAAAAUAAACGAGGUUGGGGAAGCAUUAAUUAUCACCUGCAGAGGCUUAAUCGUGGGAGCAAGUAGUUCUGGUUUUAUGAUUAGAAUGUCAAUGUACCAUUCACCAAUUUGAUUAAUUUAUGUUUAUUCCUGAUGGAAUAUUUUAAACAUUUUCAAAUAGAUUGAAUGAAGUAGCCUGGUAAUACCUUUUGCAGGGGCAGUUUUACAAUAAUAUGUGAACCAGACUCGGGUUUUCUUAAUGGAUUUAAGUAGAGAAUCAAGGUCCGAGAAAAUUUAUUUA